AGAUAGUGUAGUCGUUCAUUUGUUGGUGGAGCCGCGUGUGUGACGGACAAUAAUGGCGGCAAAUACGAUACCGUGGAGCGAGUGGCUGAUUACUGUCAACUCUGACAUAAAGGUGUUGUGGUCCGCACAGCCCACCUACCUGCUGUCUCAGGCCGUAUUUGUAAUCGCGGGUAUCAUCACCCUGUUACACGCUUUCAGGAAAGGUGGUAGGUGGCCGUAUUUCUGGCUGGCUGUGGUGCUGCACGGACAAUAUGCUGACAACUUCUGGCACAUCGUCAUGCCAGAGUACGACAACUUCUGGCAUUCUCAAACGCCUGUCAUGUUGCUGGGCCAACGUCUUCCUUUGCACAUUAUAUUUCUUUAUCCAGCCUUCAUAUAUCACGCAGCCUUCGCGGUGUCUCGUCUGAAUUUGCCCAUAUACGCUGAGCCGUUCGCCGUGGGUGUCUUGACGGUGCUCAUCGACAUUCCGUACGACAUAGUCGCCGUAAAGUUCGUGCACUGGACCUGGCACGACACGGACCCGAACGUAGCCGACAGACACUACUGGGUGCCGUGGACCUCCUACUACUUCCACGCUUGUUUCACCGCCAGCUUCUAUUAUUUGUUUUAUGCCAGCCGCAAGUGGUUUGCGCCGAAGGUCGACCAAUGGCAAUCAGCUGGCUUCUGCAAGGAGUUCAAAUCUUUAUUGGUGUCCGUCCUCUUGGGCAUGCCGGGCGGAGUGCUGAUGUUCGUGCCCAUCUACCACCCCCUCCACGACUACCUCGGCAUACACACUGAAGUUACCUUCUUCGUCCUCUUCUCCAUUUUUGGCGCCGUAAUUCUGCGCGGUCUGCUAGAUGAGCGCGAGGAAUGUAAAGUCAAACUAAGCGCAAUCGACUACACGCUGAUUAUACAGUUGGCGGCGCAUUACCUGCUAUAUCUCGUGUUCGUGAUUUUCUUCCACCCCGAGAGAGAGUGGUCCCUAGGCUUUCACGAGCCAGUGGGCCCAUGCAACGAACAGACCACCCUAUACACGCCAUUUGGACAGAUAUUACACAAACGAAAAUACUUCUGCCCAGACAAUUACGAUGAGAAGUAUUUUGAUUUCGAAUGUGUUGAGGGACCAAAGCCGCAGCCCGGAGCGUUAUGGUACACCAUAUGUGGAACUAGAUUCGAGAAUCGCUCGGAGUAUAUAACUGUCAUAUUAACGAUAGUGUUCGUGGCCUUCAAUAUAUUCUACGCGCUGUACUUCAGAACUGGGCCUGCUUCCGGUGUACAGCCCUCCAAGAAAAUGAAAACAAAAUAACCUAGCUUCGGUAGCUAACGUUCCGUUGCAGGGGGAUAUUAUAUAGAGGAUAUCAUAAAUGCAAUCAUACGAUUUGUAAAACCAUUAGAACACAAAAUUAUAAAUAGUUAAUAUGUGCUCACUAAGUUCUCACAGAGGGUCAGCAAGAUCUUGAAAAAAGAAAAAGAACACUCGUAAACUUUUAUUUAUAACACAGUGUACGAGUGUCCUUUUUUCUUUUUCGAGGUGAAUAUGCGGAUUCGCUUUGCCACUAGGUCAAAAACUCUCUAGAAAACUUUGUUUCCUAAAUUCGUAAAGACCGUGA